GGGAUUUUACUGCGGAACCUCCGGGCUACCUGGCCGGGCUCCGGUUCCCUUCUAGUGUGUCUGUCCUUCCCCUCUCCCCACACCCCCUCCCCCCUUCCUUUUGACGGCUGUCUCUAGUUUCUCAAGCCUUCCCCCGGGUACCAUUAUAAUCGGAGACAUGAAGCAAAGCCACGAGGUUCCGCCGGGUUCGUGUUGCUUUGAGACAGAGUAGAGGGCUUGUUAUUUUUGUUUUGGAGGGGAGGUGAAGGUUGAGGAGGAGGUGACUACUGGGGGUGUUGGUGAGGGGAAUUGAUCCGGCCCCCAUCGCCAGCACCCAGUCAGGCUGCGGUUGCUUUGUUGUGCUCGGUCUGAACACCAGAAGCCCCAACGCUGCCUGCUUGCGUUUCCCUCCGCACACCCAUGUCCUCGGAAGUCAAGUCGCGAUGGAGUGGCUCUGGUUCCCUGAAGAGCAGUUCGGCCCGCAUAUCGACCAUGCUGGAGAUGUCUGAGAACGCGGCCAGCGCGCAGUAUGAGCCGGUCCCGCUGCCCUUGCAGAGAAGCAACAGUCCCGAGGGGGCUACCCACAAUAACCCGCCGAUCCAAGCCGCCGACAGCCAGCCGGAGGUGAUCAUUAACCCUGACAUUCCCCCGAAAGCUGUGUCCUUGCCUGCCCACAUGUCCUCUUACAGCGGCCGCAAGCCCCUCUUUUCCAAAGUCAACAUUCAGGGGAGAACUUACAACUUCUUAGAACGUCCAACCGGCUGGAAAUGUUUUAUCUACCACUUCACAGUAUUUCUUAUCGUUCUGGUUUGUCUCAUCUUCAGCGUCAUGUCGACCAUUGAGCAGUACCAUUACUUUGCCAAUAGAGCUCUUGUUUGGAUGGAGAUUGUAUUAGUGGUAUUUUUUGGAACGGAAUACAUUGUCCGACUGUGGUCAGCAGGCUGUCGCAGCAAAUACGUUGGAUUUUGGGGAAGGCUGCGCUUUGCCAGGAAACCAAUCUCGAUCAUCGAUCUCAUAGUAGUGGUAGCUUCAGUUAUAGUCCUCUGUGUGGGAUCAAAUGGACAAGUCUUUGCAACAUCAGCCAUCAGGGGCAUUCGUUUCCUGCAAAUCCUUCGAAUGCUACAUGUCGAUCGACAGGGAGGCACCUGGAGACUUUUGGGAUCGGUUGUCUUUAUCCAUCGACAGGAGCUGAUUACAACCCUUUACAUCGGGUUCCUGGGCCUGAUCUUUUCUUCCUACUUUGUGUAUCUGGCUGAAAAAGAUGCUGUGGAUGACAGUGGCUCCCAACAGUUUGGUAGUUAUGCAGACGCCCUAUGGUGGGGUGUGGUGACAGUCACAACAAUCGGAUAUGGAGACAAGGUUCCCCAGACCUGGAUCGGCAGGACAAUUGCUUCAUGUUUCUCCGUCUUUGCAAUUUCGUUUUUUGCACUUCCAGCUGGGAUUUUGGGUUCAGGGUUUGCUCUCAAGGUUCAACAGAAACAACGCCAGAAGCAUUUUAAUCGUCAGAUUCCAGCAGCUGCUUCUCUCAUUCAGACAUCAUGGAGAUGCCAUGCAGCAGAAAACUAUGAAUCUGCAACUUGGAAAAUGUAUGUCCGACAGCCAGUCAAAGCUCAUGCUCCGUCUCCAAGUCCAAAGGCAAAGAAAUUACCGGGCAAGAAAAAGAAGCCCAAAAUUGAUAAAGAUAAUGGACUGAACUCUGAGAAGGCACUAAAUGUGCCUAACAUCACAUAUGAUCAUGUCGCUGACAAGGAUGACCGAAAAUCUGAAAACUCAAACAUCGAUGGAUGUGAUUCAUCAGUGAAGAAAUCCCUGGGAAUGCUUGAUGUGAACAGUGGAGCCUUGUCGAGAGCAAACAGCUAUGCAGAUGAUCUUGACCUUAUCGAGGGAGAGCCAGUCCUGGCUCCCGUCACACACGUUUCUCAGUUGAGGGAGUCCCACAGGGUUACCAUCAAGGUAAUUCGCAGGAUGCAGUAUUUCGUAGCAAAGAAGAAAUUUCAGCAAGCCAGGAAGCCUUACGAUGUUAGAGAUGUGAUCGAGCAGUAUUCUCAGGGUCAUCUCAACUUGAUGGUGCGAAUCAAGGAAUUGCAAAGAAGACUAGACCAGUCCUUAGGAAAACCAACCAUGUUCCUCUCUGUCUCAGAAAAAAGCCAGGACAGGGGAAAGAACACAAUCGGGGCAAGACUUAAUAGAGUAGAGGAGAAGGUCGUGGACAUGGAUCAGAAGUUAAAUACCAUUACGGGUAUGUUGCAGCUUUUGGUUGCCAACCAGCAGGAACAGCCCCACCCUCAGGCUGACCCUCAGGCAGAGAGAUCCACGAUACAAGCUGUUGCAUCAACUCACAUCUCCUUGCCCAGCUACGAGCAGUUGACCGUGCAUAGGAAAGACCAAGACAACGUGGCCUGAUCUCUGAUCCUCUACUUUCUGAAAUUUAGUAGCGUUGAAGAGAUUGGAAGAGACCUGUUCAAUAUUGUAAGAUAGCCCUCAAGGUCGCAUGCACAACUGGCACAAACCACAGGAAGGGCUGAACAUUUACUGAAGAAGUCUGUGAAACUUGAAAGCACCCACCAUUAGACUGUGUAUGUUUUCGCAGCCCAGGCAUCCCUUCCCAUUCCGGUUUGCGGAUCUCACCAGUUUUGCAAAGGAAGAGUACGUCAUACCACUCUGCCAAGCUUCAGAAAUCUCCUGAUUACAUUUCAACUCUCCUCUGGUUGUUUUCGUUCAGGCAAAUGUGACGAUUGUGCUUGGACUACCUGAUAGAUAAGAGGAUAAGACCAAUAGCACACAAUUGUAAUCCUUUUUAGAGUAGACGUGAUGUUUUAAAUUGCAAAACUCACUAUGGUGUAUGAUUGAGAACCAUUUGAAGCUCAAAGUCAGUGUAUUGCACGCACUCUUCUCCCACCUUCUCAGUGGCAGCCUAAGAUGUAUUUAAUUAUAAACAAAGGGACCUCUCCUGUCUCUCUUUCACAUCUGAUCUGGGCAGCAUACUAAGCAUAAGGGUGACAUCCAGGAAAAAUCAAUCUGGGGUCAGUUGCCCACGGCACAAUGGGUCAGUGUCCACCAACUAGUCUUUUAUCCCAGUUUGUUCCAGGAUUAGUGUUUUCUUCAGGACUGGAAUGUGCAUACUUCCUCAUUAGCUGAAGUCCUCCACACUUGGGUUCACUCAAAUUACUACACUUGGGUUUUCCUUCCCCAUUUUAUUUUUGAAUGCCUUCAGGCGAGUGGGGCUGAUACAGCCUCAGCUACACUUCUCCUUUUAACUGGAACAAUGGGGAUGGCCAUGACUUCCCCUGUCACUGUCAGUAUGACUUGGUGAUUGACAAGUGAGCUCGGGGCAGCCACUGACUUGUUUGUUUUCCCCUAACUUCCCCUUUCCAAUGAUUCUCAGGAGUUGGCAGGCCAACAUACUACUGCAAACAAUGUUUGACUUCCCUCUACAAACGAAGCAAAGUGCGGCUAGGGGUUUAACUGAUGACUCUUUGCAGGAUUUAAAAGAAAAUUGCUUGGGAAAUUUUGACUGUGGCAAUAGUGUGAAGCCGCAAGAGAGUAGGAUUUUACAUCCCAAUUUUUUACGGCGCUCUUGGGUGAACAACUGGGAAUGAUUCAUUGGUUUAUCAGCUGAUUAUAUUUCCCCAGUCCCUCCCAACCUUCGGUCAACAUUCUUUUCCACAACUAGCGCGUGCGGUUUUAAUGUGCGUCAGUCAUUACGCAAUUCGAUGGAAUGGAGGCAAGGACCAGCUGAGCUUCAAACCUCAGGGAUCGAUUUCACCUUCUUCACUUUUAAGUGAAAAGCAGGCAGAAGCAUUCUCCAUAAUCUCUGCCAGCUCACUGCCAGGGGAGGGGAUGUGAGAAAGUUCCAACAUAGAUGGAGUUGGCAAUUCCGACGCAUCAAUUCCACUCAAUGUGUUGGAAUUUCAAAUCACCUUCCCGGUUUACUGGCUGUCCAAAUGAGUGACUUGUAUCACUGACCAACAUCCGAGAUAAGCCAAAGGCCCACGGAUUUAUUCAUCAAAAGGCAAUCACUAAUCUGUCGGGUGCCGACCCCAAUCAUUCCAGCCAGGAUCUCAAGUGGUGGGGACAAUGGGAGGAGGAGAGGCGUGAGAUGUGAAAUGGAGAUGACCUGCUAUAAAUCCUAAACUUGAAAUAAAUAAAAACAGAAAAUGCUAGAAAUACUCAGCAAAGCUGACACCAUCGGUAGAGAAAGAGACACAAAGCUUUUCUGCCAGCAAAACACCGACUCUCUGUCCCUUUUGUGUCCGUGGCAAGAAAGAUUGAGCAGGAUGUGUAAUGGGUGACCACUUUGCUGCUACCCAUUUUGUGCCUCCUUCCCCACUGAAGUUUAUCCUAAUGGUCAUAUGGUACUGGAUCAGACAACGCAGGAAGAUAUAAAACUUGGUCAAUAAAAACCCAAAGGCACUCCUAAUGCUGUAAAAAAAAUAGAAUUUGCUGGAAAAACUCAGCAGGUCUGGCAGCAUCUGUGCAAAGAAAUCAGUUCCGAGGAAGGGUCAUUCACCCUAAAGCAUUAACUCUGAUUUCCCUCCACAGGUGCUGCCAGACCAGCUGAGCUUUUCCAGCAAAUUCUAUUUUUUCUUUUUGGCUGUAAAACUCAGUGCUCAGUCUGCGUUGACCCUGAACUGAGGCCAGCAGUUAGGAGGUAGUGUGACCACUUGCUUCCAAACCCCAGAGUUAGAAAGAGGUUUGGGAGGAGAGUCAAUGGUGAUUGUUUAACCUGUUCUGGGAAGGGCUCUGUGAAAUCAGGAUUGAUCUGAAUUGCAAUGCACUCAAUUCCCAGUUAAGAGUUAAGACAAAGUUUGCUGCUUACCCCAGUGGUAUGGAGCUACUCCUCUGGUACCUGUUGACCUUGCCACUUUGGGCAGCAGUCAUAUAUAUAUAACACCUUGACCCACAUUGGCAGACAUUUGAUAAUUAUAUGCAUCAUGACAUCAUGUCAUCCAAUGCACUUAUCACCAAUUGUGCCUUUAUGACAUUAGGCUCUGGGACAUGCUAUGCAUUCUAUAAGAAACAGGUAAGGAGUUGACAAUUUAAACUUGAGGCACUUUGUGAAUAAGAUUAAGGUUUGGAGGAAAACAUGCUUUGGGUUGCACCCAGCCGAGUCACUCCCGUCUCGGGCGAGCAAGCACCACAUUCCUGAUCGGUCGAGCAUCAUUGUGCAAUACCGGAAUUCCAGAAAAGUGGAAAAUCUGACCCCUCUCUCUCCACACUUGUUCACAUUUAUCACCGGAACUCUACCAGUUUAACACACCCAGCAGUGCUGGAUCGGGAGGUGGUGAGUGCAGGGAGUUUGGACAAAGUCUAGUGGACGGAUUACUGUGAUCUUCUGUUACUCAGAAUUUUUGUUGUCUUCCGUUUUCAGAAGAAGCCAUGCAUAUUUUAUUCUAUCCUAACUUCCUGCUCUCCCUUCGUCUUUUCCUCGUGGGACCUUGCACAUAGCCACUUUAUUGUUAUGUUUGUUUGACACUUGCCGGAUGUGUUGACACUCAUUGGUUUUGUUUGCCAGUUGAUAGACCUAGUCAAAAGUUUUAAUUGUACUGUAGCCAUUGAAACAAGGAUGCAUGCCAUUGACCCACUGCCCCUCAUCACUUGCUCACCCUUCCCCUCCCAAUCUGGCAGCAAUGGAGAGACUUGAAAUCUCCACUUGGUAAUAAAAAGAUUCAAAUAAACUAGCGUUGAGAUCGAAUACAGGGCAGAUCUCAACGAAAACCUUCUGUAGUGCCAGCCCAGGUUUGCUCCCAUUUUAAGGGAUGGGAAAGGAGCCAAGUCAAGUUGAAGCCACUAUGUCAAAUACUAAUAUUGUUCAAAGGAUCAGCCAUCCAAGAAACUAAUGAUAUCGUAAAAUGCUAGGGAAUUUCAGUGAAGUCCAGUUCAUCUCAAAAUUGUAAGCGAUGCCAUGACAAUUGCACAAAGCACUAUACCUAAUAGUUUUCUUUUUAAGAAUGAAGUCACUUGGUGCCUGCCAGGGGUACAAUUCUAUGUACAAAGAUCUAUUUACAGUUGGAUAAUAGGAAAACCAACAUGUCAAUCAACAAAAUGAAGAAUUCUUUUAUCUGUAUAUAUAAAGACAUAGAUUAUAUAUAGUAGAUUUUCUACUGAUAUUUACAACCUGGGGUUUCAUAUAAAUUUUAUAAAUUUUCCUUCUCAAAUGAGGUUGAUUCAAUUAAAAACAUUGCUGUAAUAAUGUAGAAUGGGUUGAUAGAUCAUUUCCUCCUCAACAAACUUUCUCCUUCUCGCUCUCUCCUUUGUCUAAUCAUGUAAAUAUUUUCUUUCUCCCUCACAGCUCUUUAUCUCCUUUUAUCUUCCCCUCUGUUCCCAUCCUCAUUUCCCAUUCUAUCUAUUAUUCCCUCCUCUCUACAUUGUCCUCUUUCUUUCCAUCCUUGUAGCAGUUUUCUGUUUCCCCUCGCUUUCUUUUCUCCUUCCUGUCUCUUUUUCACAUUAGCCUCUCUCGCUUUUCACCUCCUUGCUUUACAAUUCCCACCUUUCCUCUUCACUCUUCUUUGGAUCUCUUGUGACUUUUCUGUCUUGUAAUGGGGCACUGUAACAGCGAUUUGUUAGACAUUUUUUUAUUUGCUUUCUUCAUUUCAAUCCAGUUCGAAUGGGCUGCUCAGCAAUAUUCCAAUACAACUAUGAAACAAAUCAGCUGGGACUCAUGCUGUGAUUUAUAAGGUCAAUUUUAUAAUGGUACCUUUUUUAACUCAGAUAUUAUGUAAAUUUGAAGAUGCCAGUUUGGUAUCAUGCCUCAA